AGCCUUAGUCGUUUCCCGCCAGGCUGCUAGCCAGCCCACCUCACUUCCCCCUCCCCAGAGCGCAGUCUCUGACGAGAGUACGUGUCUGGACGCGCGCACACGAGGGCAGUGUGUCAUCUGCGAGGAAUAUGACGGGUGUGAGGUGUGACUGUGGCGUGGCGAUGGCUUCCCGGAAGCAGUGACCGGAUGUGAUAACUGUUUCUCCUCUCUUUACGUUCGUUCUUCGGUUUUAACCUCAUCUCACCGUUCGAGCUGAUACCAACAACACGCGACUUCGCGCUACUGGUGUCAUAUUUUCAUCAAAAUAAUGCUUACCAUUAAUACGAAUUUUUAUAACAAUUGCAGCAUGUGGCUGUUGGUAUUUUUAAUUUCUGCUGUAUUUCCGUUCUUGUCUUCUGAACCGAAAGUGGGUGAUCACUGUUACUGCAAGCUGAAAGGGAGGAUAGACGACUGUGGUUGCAGCGUGGACACAGUAGACCACUUCAACAACAUCAAGGUGUACCCAAGGUUACACAGUCUACUCAACAAAAAUUACUUCAGGUUUUUCAAAGUGAACUUGAAGCAGGAGUGUCCUUUCUGGCCUGAUGACAGUCGCUGUACCAUCCGCUACUGCCACGUGGAACCUUGUGUCGAGGAAAAUAUUCCACUAGGUCUGAAAGGCGUUCCUUCAAAGAAUGCUGCAGUCACAGAAGAUAUGAGUUUUAAGUACUCGCAAGCAGGACAGAACGUUGUGUGUGAUCAAGAGUUGAACAAGGAGCUAGGUUAUCUCAACACCACCAUCAGCACGGACGCGCACACGGAGUUCGCGCGCUGGCAGGCGCACGACGACGCCAGGGACAGCUUCUGCCACGGCGAGGACGACCUCGAGGGGGCGGAGUACGUGGACCUGCUGCUCAACCCGGAGCGCUACACGGGCUACCGCGGCGAGCCCGCGCACCGCGUCUGGCACAGCAUCUACAUGGAGAACUGCUUCCGGCCGCAGCACGCCCACCGAGCCUACAUAGAGUCGUCCGCACUCAGCGGCAUGUGUUUAGAGAAAAGAGUAUUCUACCGCACGAUAUCUGGUCUUCACACAAGUAUUACUAUUCAUGCAUUGUCCAAAUACCUUCAGUCUGACGAGACCUCCCUGCUCGGCAGCCCGGGCGGAAAGUGGGGUCCCAACUUGGAAGAGUUCCGUCGCAGGUUCAAUCCGGAGCUCACCGACGGAGAAGGUCCCUCUUGGCUCAGGAACCUGUACUUCGUCUACUUGCUGGAGCUCAGGGCCCUGGCGAAGGCCGCCCCCUACUUGGAGCGGGAGGAGUACUACACCGGCAGCGAACAAGAGGACGAAGAGGUGCGGCUCGCAGUCAACAACUUCCUCUCCGUUGUGAGGUCGUUUCCUGACCACUUCGACGAGAGCUCGAUGUUCUCUGGCGGCCAGCAGGCGCGCGAGCUCAAGGAGGAGUUCCGCCAGCACUUCCGGAACAUAUCGCGCAUCAUGGACUGUGUCGGCUGCGACAAGUGCAGGCUCUGGGGCAAGUUGCAGAUCCAAGGCUUGGGCACUGCGCUGAAGAUUUUGUUUUCUGGUAAGUUUGACUCCAUGGGUCCUUUUGGAAGUGAUCUCAGCGACGUCUCCAGGAACAAGUUCCAACUCAAGAGAAGUGAAAUAGUGGCUCUCUUCAACGCUUUUGGAAGGUUGUCUACAAGUAUAGUCGAGCUGGAGAAAUUCCGCAAGAUGAUGAGGUAGCCAGACGAGCAAGACGUGCAUCUCGAACUGUCAACUCAGAAACUAUACAUCACAUUGCAACCAAAAAUAAAUGCACCUUUCGUCCACUUGUGUUAGUGAGAUGGGGGCAGGCCUGUCCUUGAUGGAUGGUCAGCAGUUCCUAAGACUGAUAUGUACUUCUAUCUUUGUGUACUUCCUGGAGUUAGUAGGUCCUGGCCACAAGACAGCGUGUUCGUUAUAAAAUUGCGGACAUUAUGGAAUUGACACGCCACUUGUAUUAUUGUGCGGAUGUUUUCUUCUGUAAAUAUUAAAAUGAAUUAUAUAUUUAGUUUGUACGAAUAAAAAUUCAAUUUUGAAUACAAAAAAAAAAU